AUGGCGAACUACCCGUCUAUCCCGCCGCGCCUGAUGUCGGCUUCUCCAUGUUCAUCUUUGCAUGACGCGAAACUCAAACAUCGCAGGCUUCGACUGCUCGUCGCUGCCGCAGGGCCUCGCGACACCUCUUGGGCCCAAGCGCUGGUCGUUCGACUGUCGAAAAACCCCCAAAUUGAGAUGCGUGCCCUUGUUGACGAUGUCGUCCCCCGGCUCACCCAGACCAUCAUCGUCAUGGAAAACCGAAGCCUGGCUUCAGGGCACGGCGAGCGGGUAGACGAUGUCGAGUUCUUCCGACAGCAGGCGUUCGAAUUGGUGGAAUGGGCCGAUCUGUUAGUCUGCGUUCCCCUGGAUGCGGACGGCAUCGCCAAGAUGCUUGCCGGCGUCGCAGACACGUUUCUGGGGGAGGUGUUGCGGGGAUGGAAUAUGCACAAAAGCAUUGUACUUGUCCCCGGGAUGAGCACGCACAUGUGGUCUCACCCAAUGACCAAGCGCCAUCUCAGCAAAAUACACAGAAAGUGGAAUUGGAUCCGUGUCAUGACUCCCAUACUGUGGCAUUUCGAGGGCCAGCCCAACCCCAAGCGCGUGCCCAAUUGGAACGGUUUCAAUGAGGUGCUUGGCAUCAUCAAGAAUCAAGCCGACCUGCUGGGCUUGGGGCGGGACGUGGAAAUUGCCACUGGCACAGUUGUCGUGCCCGACUCGGAUGUCAAGAUCCGCUCCAAACUUCCUCCCGAAAUCUGGACAAUGGUGCUGGAUCAUGCAGGCGACUGGGAACUGGCCAAGGCUCUCGGGAUGUACACCAAUCUGCCCAUGCCGUCGGCAUGGUCCCUCGAACCUAGAGACCCCGCCGACCCCCUCAAGGUGUACGAGCACGAUUUGGAAUGGACCGUACUCACGGGCAACUCUGCUGCCAUCUGCAAGAAGCUGUCCCAAUCGCCCCCUGCCUUCCGAGACGUUCCCGCCCUGGUGGUCAAACUCAUCAUACGCUUCGGGCUGAUAGAUGUACUCGCUUACAUGGAGGCUAACCGACCCGACUUGUUCAAGGCCUUUGACGGCACCACCCUGCCAACAAACGCCUCGGCUUACUAUCCCCGAACCGAUGUUCUCGAUUUCUGGAAGCAAAGCAAAUGGUUCCGCGAGGACCUGAUAUACGACGCAGAAGCUGUGGACGGAGCGUCCAAAAACGGCCACGUUCGCGUCCUCGACUGGUGGUGGAGACGAUCCGGUCUGCCUCUGCGGUAUACAGAAGCAGCCCUGGAACAGGCCAGUGGUCGUGGGCACUUGCUCGUGCUGGAGUGGUGGCGUGAUGCCGCCGCGCAGGAUGAAGAAGUCGUCCUCCGACCCGGCCGCUCCCUUCUAUGGGCCACCCAACACGGCCAGGCGGCCGUGCUCGAAUGGUGGGGUGCCUCGGGCAUUCCCGUCGCACACGGCGAUGCCGUCGCCAAAGUCGCCUCGCGCUGGGGACAGGUUCAAGUCCUCGAAACCUGGCGCCGGUUCAAGGGCGACAGCAAGCUUGUCUUUGACCCAGAGGUCCUACUCAGCUCCACGAUUCACCAGCACGUAGACGUGCUAGAGUGGUGGCGCAAGUUUGCACACGGCGAGCUGGAAGGCAUGGAAGGGAGAAAGCAACCCGUCGAGUUCCGCACGUGCAACAUCGAAGAAGCGCUGGAGGACAGCAUUGGUGACCAGGAUCAGAACAAGGCAAGGAAGUGGUGGGCAAAAUACGGGUUGGACUUGCGCAUGAGGAACGAAGAAUGGCUUCAGACACGGUACUUGUGA